AUGCGUCCGGACCAAUUGCGUCACAUCCUGCCGAGACUCCACUUGGACGCGUUUGCAACGCACCACCCCAAGUUUCUGGACCCGAUUGCGCCACCGACGGUACCCUUUCCGCCACCGACGUGGUGUUUGCAUGAACGGCCGCGUUCGAUUGCGCUAUUGGACGUGUAUAAAGACCACCUUUUGAUUGAGACGCACAUUGUGGACCAAAAAGCCUCUUUCCUCAUCGGCCGGAACGCUGCCGUGUGUGACAUUGUGCUGAGCCAUUGCUCGAUCUCGAGACUUCAUGCGACGAUCGUGCACCACGAAAAAGGCGCGACGUACCUCGUGGAUCUUGGAUCUGCGCACGGCACGUUUGUCGAUGGCUUGCGCCUCAAAGCUUUGCAGCCGACGUUGGUGAUGAACGACGCGGUGCUUCGAUUUGGGGCGUCGUCGCGCUCUUAUACGUUUAAGUCGUUUGAUUCACGCGAGCAGAUUGUUGAGAGUGUUCAUAACCGCGUGGGUCUGCCACGUGAGGAGCUGGAGUUGCAGCAGAAUACGCUACUGAAUUGUCAGAUCACCCACCGAUUGGAAUUGUCGCCGACUCGACGUAGUCUGCCGCCCAUGUUUCCAAUGGCUUCUGUGGUGUGUCAGAUACCUGAACCUCACGUUCAGCCUCAAGCUCCUGAUCAAGAUGCACCGAUGCUGCUGGCCCAACCCGAGAGCGACAGGAGAGAGAGUGCUGACGGGGCGCAGCUCUUGCAACUUGCAGGCAUUGGACCGGUAAGGAAGCGCUCGCGUGGCCAGUCUGGCAACUCGCAGGCAUCGGGGUCAUCGGACCAAAGUGGUAGCACCGCAGACUUGAGCGUCUGUAUGGACGACCCGAACGACGAGCAGCAAGGCGACUUGAAGCGCGUGCACUUUUGUGGCCAGCCACCUGAGAUCAUUUCAGAUUCGUUGAAUGAGGCGACGGCUACGGACGACAGCAUCGACAGUGACUCGGUGGCAGCGCGAGUGUGCGGGAAACUGGAAAGGACCGAGUUGGCCAGCAGCGAUUGA